UACCGACCACCAACAUGCGGAAUGUAUUGACUUCAGCCAACGUGUGAAGUGAGAAAUAAGUAAUUAAUUUCACUGUAGCUGACACGAAUAUUUAAGUUUGGGCAUUUAACGUGAGCAAGAUGGCAAACCUUCAGUUCAAGACAAAUUAUGUCGUUGACAGCAAGAUUGAGCCGUUUUACAAAGGAGGGAAAGUGCAGAUCAGCAACGAUGAAAAGUACAUCUUUUGCACUUGUGAAUCUCGUGUCAACGUUUUGGAGAUCAGCACAGGGAAGAUUGUCCACAGUGUUCAGCAUGAUGAUGAGGAGGACAUCACAUCCUUUGCGCUCAGCUGUGAUGAUGAGAUGCUGGUCACAGCUAGUCGAGCUCUGCUGCUGAAGCAGUGGGACUGGAGGCAAGCUCAGUGUACUCGCUCCUGGAGGGCCAUUCACACUGUUCCUGUGGCCAGUAUGACCUUUGACUCCACCUCUACACUCGUGGCCACAGGUGGCUGUGAUGGCACUAUAAAGCUUUGGGAUGUAGUGAAGCAGUACUGCACUCACAACCUUAAAGGCUCAUCUGGCGUUGUUCACCUGGUCCAGUUCCACCCGGACAUCAGCAAGCUGCAGCUCUUCUCCUCCUCCCUGGACUGUGCGAUUCGACUGUGGGACCUGCGCUCCAGUCACUGUGUUUGUGUUCUGAAGAGUCACUACAGCGCUGUCACCUCCCUCAGCUUCAGUCCCGAUGGUGACACCAUGGUCAGUUCUGGUCGAGACAAGAUCUGUACAGUGUGGGAUCUGAAGGAUCGACAAGCCAAGAGAACUGUGCCGGUCUACGAGGCCGUGGAGGGUGUUGUGCUGCUGCCUGAGAAUGAGGACUUGUCUCAGAUUGGAGUGAAGAGCAAAGACUUGCAUUUCAUGACAGCGGGCAGCAAAGGUGUAAUGCGAGUGUGGGAAGCCAGCACAGCGCGUUGUGUCUACACCCAGACCCUCUCUGAGGACGCGCAAGAUGAAGAGAAGGACGAUGACACCCGCAGACUAACGUACCUCCUUCUCCUCCCUGCCUCCUCCAGACUGGCCACAGUCACAGCAGAGCACAACAUUGUGCUUUACCAGCUACCUGGUCUCACCACACAGCAGCAGUUUGUGGGAUACAACGAUGAAGUGCUGGACGUGAAGUUUUUGGGUAAAGGGGACAGCCACAUCGUGGUGGCCACCAACAGCUCCCAGCUGAAGGUGUUUGAGCUGCUCACCAACAGCUGUCAGAUCCUCUACGGACACACAGAUACUGUCCUCUCACUGGACGUGUUCAAAAAGGGCUUUCUCUUUGCGAGCUGUGCGAAGGACAGGUCAGUGCGUGUGUGGCAGAUGGACAGUGACAGUGGUCAGGUGCAUUGUGUGGCUCAGGGCUCCAACCACACUAACGCUGUGGGCUCCAUCACCUGCUCCAGGAUGAAAACAUCUUUCAUAGUGUCUGGCAGUCAGGACUGUACCCUGAAGGUGUGGGACCUUCCAGCAGACUUGUCUACGACAGGAGCGGACAUACAUCAGCUGACCCCCCGCACCACAGAGAAGGCACAUGACAAGGAUGUGAACAGCGUUGCGUUGUCUCCCAAUGACAAGCUGCUGGCUACGGGGUCCCAGGACCGCACGGCCAAGCUGUGGUCGCUGGCGGGGGAGGGGGCCGUGGGCAUGCUGGGGGUGUUUAGGGGCCACCGUCGCGGCGUCUGGGCCGUCUGCUUCUCUCCUGUCGACCAAGUGCUGGCCUCGUCCUCCGCAGACGGCGUCACCAAACUGUGGAGCCUGCAAGACUUCAGCUGCCUCAAGACAUUUGAGGGUCACGAUGCGUCUGUUUUGAAGGUCGUCUUUGUGAGCCGAGGCACUCAGCUGCUCACCAGCGGCUCUGAUGGUUUAGUAAAGCUGUGGACCAUAAAGACCAACGAGUGUGUGAAGACGCUGGACGCCCACCAGGACAAAGUGUGGGGUCUCCACGCCAGCCGCAAGGAUGACAAGAUGGUGACCGGUUCAGCCGACUCCAACAUCACCGUGUGGGUGGAUGUGACUGAGGUGGAGCUGGCGGAGGAGCAGGCCAAGCAAGAGGAUCAGAUACUUAAGCAGCAGGAGUUGUCCAACCUGCUCCAUGAGAAGAAGUACCUGAAGGCCUUGGGUCUCGCCAUCUCACUGGACCAGCCCCGCAUUGUGCUCACGGUGAUCAAAGCGAUCCGUCAGGUGGAGAAUAGCCACGAGCUGUUGGAGAAGACAGUCCUGAAACUACGGGUUGAUCAGAAAGAGUCGCUCCUGCGCUACUGUGCUGUGUGGAACACCAACGCCAGAAACUGUCAGGAUGCUCAGGCCGUCCUCCAGGUGCUCCUCACACACCUGCCUCCCGAGGAGCUGCUGCAGUACCAGGGCGCCCGGACCCACCUCGAGGGACUCAUCCCGUACACAGAGAGGCACAUGCAGAGGAUUGGCAAGCUGCUGCAGGCGUCCAUGUUCCUGAACUACAUGUGGCAGAAGAUGAGAGUGGCCGGAGCACCGUCCAGCAUGGGCCAAGAUGAAGACAUGGAUACCACAGCUCUGGCACAGCCUUGCUUUAUGAUUGAAAAGGAGAAAGGAAUGGAAAGUGGCGAUGAGGAGAAACUUGAUGACAGUGAUGACGGACAAGGUGACGAUCCAAAUGGCCCAGUUAAAGAAAAAGAGGAGGCGGAGGAGGAGGAGGAGGACGAUGAUGAAGUCAGUGCCUCAAAGAAAGCCUCCACCAACGAACGGUUGGUGGAAAACGGAGGGAGCACCAAAACAAAUGGAAACCACCACUCUGGCAGUGAGGAGAGCUCAGAUGAGGAAGACCAGGAAGAAGAUCAAACUACAGUAAAAGUGAUGAAGUGUCUCCCGAUUUCUUCCGUUCUACAAAGCCAGACUUCCGCCAGCUGACGGGGCUCUCCGUGCCGUUAACGGGUGGCUCACUCCCGAAAGGGUGCCGGCAGCUCGGGCCAUGAAGUGGAGCGACACGCUGAAUGCGGCAGGAGAGACGGGCGUGGAGCGACGGCGAUGGAGCGCUUCGUAGGAAUCUUUGUGCAUUCCCCGUCUCGGCAGCUCGUAAAACAUUUUCUUUGCCUGUCACGUGAUUCCGCGUCAGUUUGUUUUUCUUCCAGUCCGAAUUUGGCAGAAUUACAAAAACAAACAUACCCAGCCUGAUUCCCUCAAACAACGUGGCCAUUUGGGAAGAAAAGAAGCAGCCGAAGCCGUAUAAACAUUGUUCCCCCUCUGCAGAUACCAGCAGCGCCCUCUGUCUCCUCCGGCAGCGCCGCGGCGUCCUGAUCCACCGGUUCAGCCACAACCGGUGGUUUCGUAUACAAGCGUGUAUUUUUAUUUUCAAUGACUACAAAUGUUUAUCAAAUAAAUAAAAUCUGUUCUUUGUGA